GAGGACCUGGAGCGGGAGGAGGAGGCUGGCUCCCUGGUGUUCAAGAAGGAGAAGAGGAAGAGCAAGAAAUUGAAAACUUACUUUAAAAAGUAAGGAAGGAGAACUUCCCCAGUCUGGUGGAGGAAAUAAGACUUCCAGGAGAUCCAGGAAGCUGAAAGAGCCCCAAAGAAGCUGGACCCAAGGAAGCACACACCAAGGCACACCAUAAUUAUAUUACCCAAGAUUAAAAAUAAGGAGAGAAUCUUGAAAACAGCAAGAGAAAAGGAGACAGUUACCUGCAAAGGAGUUCCCAUAAGACUAUCAGCUGAUUUUUCAAAAGAAAACUUGCAGUCAAGAAGGGGCUGGUGAAAACUGAUCUAAGUCAUGAAAAGCAAGGACCUACAUCCAAGAUCACUCUAUCCAGCAAAGCUGUCAUUUAGAAUGGAAGGGCAGAGAAAGUGCUUUCCAGAUAAGUGAAGAACGGAUGUCAUCAUGUCUGGAAUCAAGCGAACAAUCAAAGAAACUGACCCUGAUUAUGAAGAUGUAUCUGUGGCCCUUCCAAAUAAGCGGCACAAAGCAAUUGAAAAUUCAGCUCGAGAUGCUGCUGUACAGAAGAUUGAGACUAUUAUCAAGGAACAGUUUGCACUUGAAAUGAAGAAUAAGGAACAUGAAAUCGCAGUCAUUGACCAGCGACUGAUUGAGGCAAGAAGGAUGAUGGAUAAACUUCGUGCCUGUAUUGUAGCAAACUACUAUGCAUCUGCGGGACUUCUAAAAGUUUCUGAGGGAUCAAAGACUUGUGAUACAAUGGUUUUUAAUCAUCCUGCUAUCAAGAAAUUUUUGGAAUCACCGUCUAGGUCAUCAUCUCCUGCCAAUCAGAGAUCAGAAACACCAUCAGCCAAUCAUUCUGAAAGUGAUUCUUUAUCUCAGCACAAUGACUUCUUAUCUGAUAAAGACAAUAACAGCAAUAUGGAUAUAGAGGAAAGACUCUCAAACAACAUGGAACAGAGACCAAGUCGAAAUACUGGAAGGGACACUUCUAGUGUUACUGGCUCCCAUAAAACAGAGCAGCGGAAUGCUGAUCUUACAGGAGAUGAAACUUCACGACUUUUUGUAAAGAAAACAAUAGUAGUGGGCAAUGUGUCCAAGUAUAUACCUCCCGAUAAGAGAGAAGAAAAUGACCAGUCAACCCACAAAUGGAUGGUAUAUGUCCGAGGGUCUCGUAGAGAACCCAGCAUUAAUCAUUUUGUUAAGAAAGUUUGGUUCUUCCUUCAUCCCAGCUAUAAACCCAAUGACCUUGUGGAAGUUCGAGAGCCUCCUUUUCACCUGACCAGGAGAGGCUGGGGUGAAUUUCCUGUCAGAGUUCAAGUUCACUUUAAGGACAGCCAGAACAAGCGGAUAGAUAUCAUACAUAACCUGAAGCUGGAUAGAACUUAUACUGGCUUACAGACUCUUGGAGCAGAGACGGUAGUGGAUGUUGAGCUCCACCGGCAUUCUCUUGGAGAAGACUCCAUUUAUCCUCAGUCCUCUGAGUCAGACAUCUCUGAUGCCCCACCAUCUUUGCCUUUGACCAUUCCAGCCCCAGUGAAAGCUUCCUCACCAAUAAAGCAGUCACAUGAGCCAGUACCUGAUACCUCUGUGGAGAAAGCAGGAUUCCCAGCCAAUACUGAAACUGAGAGACACACAACAUUUUAUUCUUUGCCAUCUUCAUUGGAACGAACACCCACCAAAAUGACCACAUCCCAGAAGGUUAUGUUUUGCUCUCAUGGCAAUUCAGCUUUUCAGCCAAUAGCAUCAAGCUGCAAAAUUGUGCCAACAAGUCAGGCCCCUAAUCCUGAGUCACCUGGGAAGUCCUUCCAGCCUAUCACCAUGAGCUGCAAGAUUGUUUCAGGUUCCCCUAUAUCAACACCAAGUCCAUCACCAUUGCCUCGAACCCCAACUUCCACUCCAGUCCAUGUGAAGCAAAGCACUGCCAGCUCUGUUAUUAGUAACCCUUAUGUUAUCAUGGACAAGCCAGGGCAGGUUAUUGGAGCCACCACUCCUACUACAGGAAGUCCUACAAACAAGCUCUCUACUGCCUCUCAGGCCUCCCAAGAAACAGGUUCCCCUAUUCCUAAAAUUCAUGGAAGUAGUUUUGUAACAUCUACUGUCAAGCAGGAAGAUUCUUUGUUUGCAUCUAUGCCACCUCUUUGCCCAAUUGGGAGUCACCCUAAGGUUCAAAGCCCCAAACCUAUAACUGGAGGACUUGGAGCUUUUACAAAAGUAAUCAUCAAACAGGAACCUGGUGAAGCCUCUCACGUGCCCACAACAGGAGCUGCCAGCCAGCCACCACUCCCUCAGUAUGUGACUGUGAAAGGUGGUCACAUGAUAGCUGUGUCCCCUCAAAAACAGGUCAUAACUGCUGGAGAAGGGACUGCCCAGUCACCAAAGAUUCAGCCCUCCAAGGUUGUUGGGGUGCCAGUUGGGUCUACUUUACCUUCAACAGUGAAACAGGCUGUGGCGAUCAGUGGUGGCCAGAUCCUUGUAGCCAAGGCCAGCUCUUCCGUCGCCAAAGCAGUUGGUCCAAAGCAAGUUGUGACCCAAGGAGUUGCCAAAGCAAUUGUGAGUGGAGGUGGAGGAACCAUUGUUGCUCAGCCAGUGCAAGCCUUAACCAAGGCUCAGGUCACUGCUGCUGGCCCUCAGAAGAGUGGACCUCAGGGCUCAGUAAUGGCAACAUUGCAGCUACCAGCCACUAAUUUGGCCAACUUGGCAAAUUUGCCACCUGGCACUAAACUCUACCUUACAACGAACAGCAAGAAUCCUUCAGGAAAAGGAAAGCUGCUGCUGAUCCCUCAAGGAGCCAUCCUGCGAGCCACCAAUAAUGCUAACCUGCAGUCUGGCUCAGCUGCUGCUGCUGCUGGUGGUGGUGGCGGCGGCGGCGGCGGCAGCGGCGGCGGCAGCAGCGGCAGUAGUGGCAGCGGUGCAGGCGGCGGCGGCGGAGGUGGCAGCAGUGCAGGAGGAGGAGGAACAGGAGGCACCCAGAACCCCGCUGGGCCUGGAGGGAUAGCUCAGCACUUGACUUACACGUCUUACAUCCUCAAGCAAACGCCUCAGGGUACUUUUUUAGUUGGCCAGCCAUCGCCCCAGACUUCUGGAAAACAGCUGACCACCGGGUCAGUGGUCCAAGGAACCCUGGGAGUCAGCACGUCUUCUGCACAAGGACAACAAACAUUGAAAGUCAUCUCUGGACAAAAAACUACUUUGUUUACCCAGGCAGCCCCUGGAGGACAGGCGUCUCUGAUGAAAAUAUCUGAUGGUACCUUGAAGUCUGUGCCAGCCACCUCACAACUCUCAAAGCCUGGGACCACGAUGCUGAGAGUUGCAGGAGGGGUUAUCACAGCUGCCACUUCUCCAGCGGUGGCCCUCUCGGCAAAUGGUCCUGCACAGCAGUCAGAAGGAGCGGCUCCCAGUCCAUCAUCUACUCUAGGUUCUGUAAUGAAAACUUCUGGGCAGCAGCAGGUGUGUGUGAGCCAGGCCACCAUGGGAACCUGCAAGGCUGCUGCUCCCUCUGUCAUCAGUGCUGCGUCCCUUGUGUCCACACCAAACCCCAUCUCCGGAAAAGCUACAGUAUCAGGAUUGUUAAAGAUUCACUCCAGUCAAUCCAAUCCCCAGCAGGCUGUCCUGACGAUCCCCAGCCAGCUCAAACCACUCAGUGUAAAUACAUCUGGAGGUGUGCAGACUAUACUGAUGCCUGUGAAUAAAGUGGUCCAGUCAUUUUCUGCCAACAAAUCACCUACCAUUCUGCCUGUAGCUACCCCAGCUCCAGUUGUCUCCACCUCUGCGCCAGCACCUGUUACAAAAGUGAAGACUGAACCAGAAACUCCUGGACCAGGCUGCCUCCCUCAGGAGAGUCAGACAGCAGUGAAAACAGAAGAAAGUUCUGAGCUGGGAAACUAUGUUAUUAAGAUAGACCAUCUAGAGACUAUCCAGCAACUCUUAACAGCAGUAGUAAAGAAGAUCCCAUUAAUCACUGCAAAAAGUGAAGAUGCCAGCUGUUUUUCGGCGAAGUCUCUGGAGCAGUACUAUGGCUGGAACAUUGGAAAGAGGAGAGCUGCUGAGUGGCAAAGAGCAAUGACAAUGCGAAAAGUCUUACAAGAGAUACUGGAGAAGAAUCCAAGAUUUCACCACCUGACGCCCCUUAAAACCAAGCACAUUGCUCACUGGUGUCGCUGCCAUGGCUACACCCCGCCUGAUCCCGAGAGCCUGCGAUGUGACGGGGACUCUAUCGAGGAUGUGCUGACCCAGAUCGACAGCGAGCCGGAGUGCCUGUCAUCAUUUUCCUCCGCUGACAACCUCUGCCGGAAGCUGGAGGACCUCCAGCAGUUUCAGAAGAAAGAGCCGGAGAACGAAGAGGAGGUGGACAUCCUCAACCUCUCAGAGCCGCUGCAGAUAAACAUUAAAAAGGAACAGGAGGAGAAGCAGGAAGAAGCGAAAUCCUACCUGCCACCAACACCGGGGUCAGAAUUUAUUGGUGACAUCACACAGAAGAUUGGGAUCACCCUGCAGCCCGUGGCGCUUCACAAGAACGUGUAUGUGUCCGUGGUAGAGGACAUGAUUUUAAAGGCUACAGAGCAGCUGGUGAGUGACAUCCUGAGACAAGCUUUGGCGGUUGGAUACCAGACAGCAUCCCACAACAGGAUCCCCAAAGAAAUUACAGUGAGUAAUAUUCACCAGGCCAUUUGCAACAUUCCCUUUCUGGACUUCCUCACAAACAAACACAUGGGGAUACUGAAUGAAGAUCAGUGAGUGGAAGGAAGAUGCCCUGGAAGAGCAGGAUCUGGAGCUUUAUCUGAAGCUUGGAACUGUGAUGACUCUUCUGUUUGGAGAAGGAGGUGGUUCUCUGUGCCUCAGAACAUCAUGGCUACCAGACCAUUGCCUCCAUCUAAUCUAGUGUAAGCACCAGAGUGUUCAAUCCCAGAUCAGUCCCUUUAGGACAGAAGUCUCCUGAUCUAGAGACGCAUGCUCGGUCAGCUUGCAUUUGUUCAUGCUGUACAGCUCCACACGAGGCUCCCAGAGCUGGGCCAAGCCACAUGUCUCAGGUCCUUCUCUCCUUGGGGUGUCCUCAGGGGGGCAUCUUGGGCCCAAGUCUCCUUCCAGGUGGCAGAGCAUGAGUCUGGCAGGCUAGAGAUUGUACCCAUUCUGUGGGCUGGGGUUACAGGCAGCCCCAAAAGUUACCCUGGUUGCAUCUGGGGGACUAGGCUUCAGCACUGGGCAGGUGGCCGUGGUGUGGGGCUCUCCGCUCAGCCCCUGUGUGUCAGGGACAGGAUGCAGUAAUACUGUGCAGAAAACAUGAAGGCCUGGAAGAUUGCAGACAGAGAAUUCUUUUUUCUCACAGAGCACAGAAGCAUUACUACAACCAGUCUCUCAGAGAUAAGGGAUAGACAGAUCCCAGCAUCGGUCCAGAAAGGGUUAGCUGUAACCAACGAGCUCUUAAUAUGUUUGUAGUAGACAACACCCACAAACCCCGGGCUCUUGGCAGACGGGUACCAGCUCUGCGCAUGUGCCCAGCAGAGAGCUGGUCCUCACUGUUUGCAUGGUUGGCAGGAGCUUCUGCUGCUGCCUCUGUGCUGAGGGGCAGGGAACAGCUCCUGCAACAGGCCCACUACGCUGGUCUGUGGGUUCCAUGUCCUGUUCUUCUCUGUUAAGAUUUUCACAAUAAGGAAAGUAUUUCAAAGAAAAUAGUUGUGAGUGCCUUAAAGGUAGAGAAAUGACUGCUGAAGCCAAAAGACAGGGAUGUCUGCUCAGAGUCCAUGAGAAAAGGUUGUAUCCAUAGGAAAUGGGAGGGAGAAGUGGAGAGAAGGAAGGUUAGCUGACUACCUGGAUGAUGUCCAGUUCCAUGUAGAGAGAUGGCCAGGGCUUCCUAACACAGUCUGUGUGGAAGUAAAGGAAUAGAUUUAUUCUGUCAGGAAGCUGCUCGAAGACCAUUUGAAACCUGUGAGUCAGAGUUAAACUUAUCCAAGCAAUAUAAUUUGUGUGUUUUUAUGAGUCCUGUAGAUGUUUGUCAGGAAAAGAAGGCAGGGAGGUGACAGGAUGAGAAAUCCACCCUCUCUUUAUUGGGUAUCUGAGAAUUGCAAAUGCAGGAGGAAGUCUGUCAGGCAAGGCAAGGCAAGGGCGUGCCCUGGCUUUGCGAUAGCAUAUUGAGUGGUCGAGGCUCAGCUAGGCUCUCCACACACGGCUCCAGGCAGGGGUAACAGGCAAGGGCAAGUGUGUAGAUUCGUGCAGCAGGGGGCUGUGACUGAGCUCUGCCCGAUGGAAGGUUUCGUCCAGAUGAGAACAGAUGUAUUACAGGGAUGGAAAGCCUAAAGAAAUAAUUACCUUUUUGCAAAGGAAAAUACCUAAAUGAAUUAAUCUGUUUGUGUUGAUGUUUCAAAUGUAUUUGUAUCAUAAUGUGUAACAUAAUUGUGUAACAAAAAUACCUACAAUAAAUCUUUUAGUAUUUGUGAUGGGUUUUUCUGAGUUUGAAGCACUACACUUUGGUAGGGUUCUUCUUAUAUUAGGUCAGAAAGAGCAAGGAUGGGGCAAAGAUUCGGGUAUUUAUGUAUUCAAGUCUUCCUCUUCUCUCCAAAAAGAACUUGUGGGUACCAAGAAAAGGGUAACAGUUAUGUAAAAGCCUGAAAAAUUUGGGAAGCUACGUGUUGACCUUGGACAUGGUGAUUCCUGUCAGCUUGGGGCAAAGGAAAACUGCUGAACUGAGCUC